UCUCUUUCAACUUCUCGUCGAAUGUUAUACUCUCCUCAGAGUUUCUCCGGAUCUUUCAAAAACAAUUCCGGUGAAGAUGAAUCAGUUCUGUGAUUCGUGAUUUAUGUUACUCAAUCGAUUUCUCAUGUUAUAGUCACCGAUCUGUAUCGAAAUUUUGGUGUGGAUUCAUCAAGCUUCUCAAAUGGAGUUCGAGACUCACGAAGAUGCGUAUUUGUUCUACAAAGACUACGCCAAGUCCGUUGGUUUCGGAACUGCGAAAUUAAGCAGCCGAAGAUCAAGAGCUUCAAAGGAAUUCAUCGAUGCCAAAUUCUCCUGCAUACGCUACGGAAGCAAACAACAAUCCGAUGACGCGAUAAACCCUAGAGCUUCUCCUAAGAUCGGAUGCAAAGCAAGUAUGCAUGUAAAACGAAGACCAGAUGGGAAAUGGUACGUUUACAGUUUCGUCAAGGAGCAUAAUCACGAUCUUUUACCAGAGCAAGCUCAUUAUUUCCGGAGCCAUAGAAACACAGAGCUUGUGAAAUCCAACGAUUCUCGUCUCAGGAGGAAGAAGAACACUCCGUUGACUGAUUGUAAACAUCUCAGUGCUUAUCAUGAUCUUGAUUUUAUAGAUGGUUAUAUGAGGAAUCAACAUGAUAAAGGACGGAGACUUGUUCUUGAUACUGGUGAUGCAGAGAUUUUGCUUGAGUUUCUUAUGCGUAUGCAAGAAGAGAAUCCCAAGUUUUUUUUCGCUGUUGAUUUCAGUGAAGAUCAUCUUCUGAGGAAUGUGUUCUGGGUUGAUGCUAAAGGGAUUGAAGAUUACAAAAGUUUCAGUGAUGUGGUUUCUUUUGAGACGUCUUAUUUCGUGAGUAAGUAUAAAGUACCACUAGUUCUUUUUGUUGGAGUUAAUCAUCAUGUACAACCUGUGUUGCUUGGGUGUGGAUUGCUUGCAGAUGAUACUGUUUACACUUAUGUUUGGUUGAUGCAAUCUUGGUUAGUGGCUAUGGGUGGUCAAAAACCUAAAGUUAUGCUUACUGACCAAAACAAUGCUAUUAAAGCUGCAAUCGCUGCGGUUUUACCGGAAACUCGCCAUUGUUAUUGCUUGUGGCAUGUGUUGGACCAGCUUCCUAGGAAUCUGGACUAUUGGAGUAUGUGGCAAGACACUUUUAUGAAGAAGUUGUUCAAAUGUAUAUACAGGUCAUGGUCUGAGGAGGAAUUCGAUAGGAGGUGGUUGAAGCUGAUAGACAAGUUUCAUCUUAGAGAUGUUCCGUGGAUGCGGUCUUUGUAUGAGGAACGUAAGUUCUGGGCACCUACUUUUAUGAGGGGAAUAACAUUUGCGGGGUUAUCUAUGCGUUGUCGUUCAGAAAGUGUGAAUUCUUUGUUUGAUAGGUAUGUUCACCCUGAAACCUCACUUAAGGAGUUCUUAGAAGGAUAUGGGCUAAUGCUAGAAGAUAGGUAUGAAGAGGAAGCUAAAGCAGAUUUUGAUGCUUGGCAUGAAGCACCUGAGUUGAAAUCUCCAUCACCUUUUGAGAAGCAGAUGUUACUUGUAUACUCCCAUGAAAUAUUCAGGAGAUUCCAACUUGAGGUUCUGGGUGCUGCUGCUUGUCACCUUACGAAGGAGAGUGAGGAAGGAACAACUUACAGUGUUAAGGACUUUGACGACGAACAGAAGUAUUUGGUGGAUUGGGAUGAAUUUAAGUCAGAUAUUUACUGCUCUUGCCGUUCCUUUGAGUACAAGGGAUAUCUCUGUAGACACGCAAUUGUUGUCCUCCAAAUGUCGGGUGUUUUCACCAUUCCGAUAAACUAUGUGUUGCAAAGAUGGACAAAUGCAGCUAGAAACAGACAUCAGAUCAGCAGAAACCUUGAACUUGUGCAGUCUAAUAUCCGCCGUUUCAAUGAUCUAUGCCGCCGAGCCAUUAUAUUGGGAGAAGAAGGAUCUCUAUCCCAAGAAAGUUAUGACAUCGCCAUGUUUGCAAUGAAAGAAGCUUUUAAGCAAUGUGCUGUUACGAUUAAUACCAUCAAACAUCCCGCCAGGUGUGAAGAAGCUGCAAUUCAAGCAGGAGAUCCUGUCCAGGAAGAAAAUCAAUAUGGAUCCACAUCGACACAGAUUGGACCCGAACCUAACAUACAUGCAGGCAAUGUUCCAUGGCAAGCUGAAACCAGAAGGGAGAAGAGAAGUAGCCUAAACAAUACAUCUAAAAAGGCAAAGGUUCACUAGCAUUUUCUACUAUGCUGUCAAAAUCAUCGAUUAAUCUUUUAUGGGUACUCAAUAGGCUAUAAUAUCAUACAUAUGGCCAAAAGACAAACAACCAUCUCUGCUAAGCUGUCAUAGCCUGAUGAUGUGAUGCGUAACUUUGUUUAUGAUUGAUCUUUCUUCACUUGUGCAGCAUGUGGCUCAAUCUGAAACUGUUGGUGAGGGAAGCCAAGAAGGAUUUCAACAUGUGGCUGAUCCAAGACAGUCACAGGCGGUAUUGGCAGGGCAAUUUCACAACACAAUGCCAGGAGUAUUCCAAAACUUAAUUAACACGAACUUCCAAAACAUUCCGGCUACAAAUAUGCACCAGAACAAUCCCCCUGGGUGAACUCGGUAAAAAAACCACUGCCAACAAGCUUGAUAACUUCUUUGUGUGUAAUAUAUUAGGGAUCUCCUACUCAACUAAUUUAUCGCUUCUUCUUUGGUUCCACUUGUUGUUAGGAUAAGUUAAUAGAGUAAAUGGUGUAUCUUUUGAUUGACUAUUCCGUGUAAAGGUAUGGUUGGCAUCUGUUUGAAAGCUAACUAAUUGGUCAUGCUUGGAAAAUGCAAGCAGUGUGAGAAAGCUCAUGAACAAUUUCAAGGGCCAUGAUCAGUGUGGGUGUAGAAACAAGACUGGCCGGUUCAAAGAGGCAUUUUAAUUCUUAACAUUAUUGAAACAACAACUCAUUACUCUAUCUAUCUUCAUCAAGUCAUGUCUUCAGGUUCUUACCUACUACUGCUAUGUGUUGUCAGGCUCUGUUUUCUCCUGAUCUUUUGAACCUUUAAGGAAGAGAAAUGGUGGCAUGAGAUUGAGAGAUUCCAUGUAAACAUGUAAAGGGUUUCCUUUUUAGCUUAAGGCAUAAAAAACAGGCUUCUGGUUUUGCAGAGAGAGAAUUUUUUGGUGAUCUCGACCGAACUAUCCCUAUGACUUUUAUAUCCAAUGAAUUUGAAUUAGCCUGUUAUUGAUACUUGUGACAAUCUUCAACGCAUUAGAUUUGCUAAUAUCAUUAUUCGUGAUUCUUCUACUAUGUGAUUGGCCUCAACGAAAUAU